UUCUCUCAGAAAUUAAGAAUUUCAUCAAACACAUCCUAAACAAACCUCUUCCCCAAACCAACACUUCCACCUCCCCACCUCACGUGGCAAAACCCCAUAACCCCCCAACCACACGCGUCAAAACCCCCGGCAUCCCUCUUCCCGCCGCCGCAAACCACCGUCUCUCCCCCUCCCUCCUCCAUAUGAGUCCUCAAAAUUCUCUGUACCUCUGUAUCGAUGCAUUUCCAACUCAGAUUGCAUAAAAAUUUUAAAAUACAAAAUAAUUCUCACACAAUCUAACGACUCAGAAAACAUCGUAUAGAAGUACACCAAUUUCUUGAUAUAUAGAGAAUUUAAGGGGCCUCCACACACCACCCUCUUCCACUCCACCAAAAUCCCCACAAACCCCAAACCAACCGACCAACUAAACGAUGCACCGUUUCAGAAAACUCUCUCUCAACUUCCCCAAACCCAUUUCCCACGCUUUCAGACACUUCUCCGCCCAACAAACCCGCCUCGACAAUGCCGGCCCCGUGGCCUCCCUCCUCACCACCCGGGCCGUGGUCCGUUUCCGAGGCCCCGACACCGUCAAAUUCCUCCAGGGCCUAUUGACGAACGAUGUGCGGAGGUUCGGUGAACCCCUGGGUGAGGAGGCGGCCUCGGUUGUGCCCACCCCCAACUUGCCCGCUGUUUCGACCCCGCCCGUUUACGCCGCCAUGUUGACGCCCCAGGGGAGGUUUUUGUAUGAUUUUUUCGUGUACGGGCCGGCUCGGCCCGACCAGAGGCUUGAUGAGUCUGGGUCUGGGCCGGGGGCCGGACCGGACGAAGUGGAGGUUUACGCGGAUGUUGAUGGGUCUGUGGUGGGUGAGCUAUUGGAAACCCUCAGAAAGUACCAGUUGAGGUCCAAGGUUGAUAUCGAGAGUGUGGCAGAAGCUUUCUCUUGUUGGCAAAGGUAUGGCUCAAAUCUGACUGACAAGUCCUUGUCGGCAGAAGAACCAGAAGCUUGUUCCGUGGGCUGGGGCGGUGCUGUUGAUCAUUCUGGUGCCUCGGCUUCAAGCGGAAAUGGACUUGGAUGGCAAUGGCAUAAGGAUCCCCGAUUGGAUUGCCUUGGAUUCCGGGGGAUCUUUCCAUCUAAUUCAAUACCACCGUUGGUUGAGGCUGACAAGGAAACUGAUGAAAAAAAUUUUCUUUUAUGGAGAUUAGAGAAAGGGGUUGCUGAAGGUUCGACUGAGAUCCCAAAAGGUGAGGCAAUGCCAUUGGAAUACAAUCUUGCCGGUCUAAAUGCUAUAAGCUUUGAUAAAGGUUGCUACGUGGGCCAAGAACUCAUUGCUCGUACACAUCAUCGAGGGGUCAUUCGGAAACGUGUGCUUCCUUUGAAGUUCAUUGAUAAUGACGGGAAUGAAUUGGAGCAGAAAGUUUCUCCUGGGUCCGAAGUUAUGAAUGCUGCCUCUGGCAAGAAGGCUGGGACUGUGACUACUGCCCUUGGAUGCCGCGGUCUGGGCCUUCUGAGGUUGGAGGAAGCCUUUAGGGGAUUGGGCUCCUUGGUAAUACAAGGACAAGAAGAUGUGAAAGUUCAGGCAAUUAGACCAGACUGGUGGCCUUCUGAGUGGUUUAUGGAGCCUCAACAACAAAGGGCAGCUGCUUAGUAUGUUAAUUUAGGCCUCCAAAGGUGAAAUAAAAAGAGAAUAAGAGUAUCUUAUGCAAUAUAUUGGAGUAAUUCAGCAGUGCAUUUAGAGACGGUAGGAAGCUUGUAGCACAUUUGAGAUAAUUUGACAAAAUCAUAAAUUGAUGCUUCGAUA